GCCUGGUUUGUUUAUGCGCUGCAAAAAAGGCGAGAGCGUAAUGGCGGCGAGCAGGCUGUGAUGAGCUAGCGAAAAUAGCCUGGACUCACUGUCACACCUUGGGAAAGAUCACAGUCUCUCCUCACACACGCGCGGAAACUGCUCAAAAUGCAGAUCACACUGAAAACCCUGCAGCAGCAGACGUUUAAAAUCGACAUCGACGCGGAGGAGACGGUAAAGGCGCUAAAGGAGAAAAUUGAGAAUGAGAAAGGGAAGGAGAGUUUUCCUGUCGCUGGACAGAAGCUGAUCUAUGCAGGUAAAAUCCUAAAUGAUGACACCGCACUGAAGGAGUAUAAGAUAGAUGAGAAGAACUUUGUGGUUGUCAUGGUAGCAAAGCCUAAAGCUGCUCCUGCAGCCGCUCAAUCUUCAACUACUGCAGCAUCAUCGAGUAGUUCCGCCUCUAGCACUACAACUCCCACAAUCCCCCCGGCUGCAGCUGCUGCCGCCGCAACCACCACCACCACCACCACUGACACCACAUCCGAAAGCAGCGUCAAAGAGGAGAAAGCAGCAGAGGAAAAACCGCCAUCUUCUACACCUGCCAGUUCUGGUAGCCUGACGAACGUCAACAUAUUCGACGAGGCAACUUCUGCUCUGGUGACGGGACAGUCGUAUGAGAACAUGGUGACUGAGAUCAUGUUAAUGGGCUAUGAGAGGGAGCAGGUGGUGGCGGCUCUGCGUGCCAGUUUCAACAACCCAGACCGAGCUGUUGAGUACCUGCUCACGGGAAUUCCAGUGGAGAGUGAAGGGAACGUGGGGGGAUCUGAUCCUGCAGCUCCAGUAGGGGGCGCACCAGCUGCUCCCACAGGACUCUCAUCUCCAUCCAGCACAACACCUACACAACCCACUGCUGGAUCAGCAGCUAAUCCUCUGGAGUUUCUGAGGAAUCAGCCUCAGUUCCUGCAGAUGAGGCAGAUCAUCCAACAGAACCCCUCAUUGCUGCCUGCCCUGCUGCAACAGAUCGGCCGAGAGAACCCCCAGUUACUGCAGCAAAUCAGCAGCCACCAGGAGCAGUUUAUUCAAAUGCUGAAUGAACCGGCACAGGAAGCAGGGCAAGGAGGGGGAGGGGGUGUGCCUGAGGCUGGUGGUGGGCACAUGAACUACAUCCAGGUCACACCCCAGGAAAAGGAAGCAAUUGAGAGGCUAAAGGCACUUGGAUUCCCAGAAGGACUUGUUAUUCAGGCCUACUUCGCUUGUGAGAAGAACGAGAACCUGGCUGCCAAUUUCCUUUUACAACAGAACUUCGAUGAUGACUAAAAGCUCUUUGGUUUUGUUUUUGUUUGUUUUUUUUUUUUGUUUUUUUUUCCCCUCCCGGUUUACCCUUGUUUAAUUUUUUUCUUUUUUUUUUUCCAGUUAAUCAUACUGCAAAAAAUAGAUAAAAUGAUAUUCAUACAUAAAAACCCCUCCACAGGCAGUCUUGGUCUAUUUUUCUUUACACACUGGAUGACUCGUCUGUUUCAUCUACAUCUGCUUUGUGAAGGCGAGCAUGUUCAUUUGCUCAUUUGGGAAAUUAAGUAAAAAGCAUAAUCACAUGACUUCCUCUAAUGAUGACCUGGAUUUUUUUUUUUUUUGCUUAUAUUCAUAAUUUUAUUUUUGCUGAAUGCAGGUUUAAACAAUUCAUCCCCUUUUUUCUCCAUCAGUUUGAGCAUUUGUGGCUGAGAUACACAUUUAUGUUCAUUGUUUAAUUAUUUUUAUUUUCUUUCAUCUUUUGCUCAUGUUCAUGCCUUCUUUCACAGUUGAGCGGUAUAGGGACCCGAAACACAAUUUUAAACAACAUUAAAAUGAUUUUUAAAGCAACCCAGUUGCCGUAUAUAUUUUGUUUUAGUUAAAAUACGGUCAGCUUUUCUUUGUAGUGCAUGAAAUGCAGAGAUGUUUGUGCAAAUCUCAUGAACUUCUUUUAAAGGUUAAAGGCAUGUCCACAUAUUCCACAUUGAUUAGUGUGGACAGUUCCACAUUCUGCACAUUUACUGUCCUUUUUACAGGAAGAAAUAAAAGUUUUCAACAUAAACACA